GACCGAGGAGUUGACGCCGAGAAGCUCACGAGACCUGUCGUUGAGUGCUGGACGGCUCGUGCAGGGUGUGUGUCUGUUUGAGCUUGCGCUGUAGUUUGUUGUGUGCGUUUAUGAGCAGGCGUCGCGCGCUCCUGGAGUGACGUGACUUUGGUUCAGCACUGUAAGGUGUGUAUGUGCGUGCUGCAGCUCUCUGACAAAUACAGCGCGUUAUCUUCAUUUCAGCAUCUUUACAAAGAAGCAACGAUGCCGCUCAUAUUCCCAGCUACCUCUCGUCUCUGCUGCUGUUACUGACGCAGGAAGCAGCUAAAGGGCAGACAUUAAUCUGGACAUCUUGCUUAGCUGCUGCCUGUCGGACGAACACCAUCAUGAAACAUUUCUGAGCGGAGUUCGGUCGCAGCACGACAGUUAAUGCCUUUGGGCUAACGCUAGUACCACCGUUAGCGGACAUAAAUGAGCGUAGCAUAGCUACACCGGGUUAGCUAGUGAAGCAUGUAAACGUUAUUUACUCCCGAAGCGCGGUAAACCAGCGUUAGCUUUUAGCGUGCACGCGCUGGCUCAGCAAAUACGUGCCCGCGAGACACAUCGUCCCUGAGGAGUGAUGGUACCCGGCACGCCUGAUCUUCACUUCUCCAGCUGAGGCCAGUGAGAAAGCAAACCCUGCAGCAUCAUGGCUGAGGUGUGGGGACAGAGGAGCUUGCUGGGCGUCGGUGUGGUGUUGGCCUGGCUGCUGCUGUUCCACCUGCUGGUCAACAUCUGGCUGCUGUGUGUCUUCACCAGCCUGCUCUUGGUGCUCUGGGGCUGGCUCGGUUCGCAGACUGUUCUUGAGUCCAACAGUGUGAUUCACCUGGAGAGGUUUAUCACCUGGGAGCAAAUUCCAAAGUCUGAGGAGGAUGAAAAUGAUCUGGACCAGGAGAUCCACAACACAGUGAAGAAAAUCAUCAGAGACUUUGUCACCUCCUGGUACUCCACUGUGUCCUCUGAGAGUGCUUUUGAAACAGAGAUUGAAGAAGCCAUGAUCUCCAUGGCCAUGAGGCUGAAACUGCGAGCAAGAACAGCUGACAGGAAGGAACUGACCCAGAGGGUCCUCGAUCUGUUCGGCUGCCAUCUACAGGACUACAUGAAAGCCAAGCAGCUGGUGACCGAGCAGCAGGUGUCUCUGAGAGCAGAUGAGAGCAGCGAGAAUGAGCAGCUGUGGAAGGCUUACUCCAGCAUCAGCACCCCUCACCUCGCCGUGACCAGCGAAACAGUGGAAGUCAACUACGUGAGAGCAAUCGCAGACUUGCUGCUGCACGUUUUAGUGCCUUCACCUCACUUGGAAACGCGCACUGGACGGUUUGUGGUUGGAGAGCUGAUAACCUGUAAUGUCCUGCUGCCUCUCGUUGCCAAACUGUCGGACCCUGACUGGUUAAACCUCCUCAUACUUAAAAUAUUUGUCAGCCAACCGCCAGAAAUAACAGAAUCACCAAAUUCAUCCCCGCUCCUACCCUCUCCACCUAGUGACUCAGAGGUCGCUCCAGCAUCGCAGGCGGCACAUGUUCCUCAAGAGAACAGCGACGUUCCUGCGCAGAGAGCGGAGGCUGAGAAGAUCAAUCACACAGAGACCGCCACGCCCGCUGCCUAUGACGUGCCCGACUCCGCGGAGGCGGACUUUCCACAACACAACGCCGAAGAAGAUGAAACCGUUCGACCGUUUUUAAGGCGCUACACAAGAGGAAGCAAGUCAAACCCAUUUUACCAGGAAAAUGACUCCGACCCGGAUUCUCCUCUGGCUGAUUUUAAACGCAGCUCCAGCGAUUCUUUGGUCAUGAUCGGACAAGAUGAUGGUCUGGACGACAGCAGGAAAGAUUGCGCCGCAUCUGUCGAGACCAACUACGGGUUGGAUCUGGAGGAUGUUUGCCACAGUCCAGUGGAUGACCAAACCAAGUUCCUGCUGAGUUCAGAAUCGGAGGAGCAGAGUAAUGGCUGCUCAGCAUCGCUCAGCACAGCAGAGAGGGACUCCAGUAUCAGCACGAUUCGUUCCUUGGAGAGAGAAGGCAGUUCCCCGUCUAUAAUCGCCAACAGAGGC